GUCAAAACUUAGAAUUAGAUGGAAAACGAAGGAGGGACCGUCACCGUGCCUCGUAGGUAGAUGAAAAGAAAUAGUCAUAGUGUCAGCACAAGAUGACUGCAGUCGCGCCAGUCGCAGUCAUGGAGAAGGGCACAGCAACCUUGUCUGCAACAUCACGAAUUGCGCCGCAGGGAGGUUUGCGCAAGCGGCUUGGCGGCCGGCCUCCCGGCACAUACCUACCUUUCUCGGAAGCACGGCGAAAAGUGCGUGAGGCCAAGUUGAGGAGCGAACAGGAGUUUUUUCGAUGGAUGAAGGAAAAUCGAUCGACGUGCAAAACCCGUGGUGUGCCGUACCAUCCAGACCGAAUCUAUGUCGACCAGGGGUGGAGGGGGUUCCGGGACUGGGUCGGGUACACGUCUCGCAGACCGCUUAAACCGCGUACGCAAGACGGAAAACCAAUACGGUACUGCCGCGAUCCAUCAAAAGUGCAUAAGUACGCACAGCGCCUACGUGCUAUCAACUUUGUUUGCGAUGGGUUGAUGUCAGCAGAACCAGCAGAAAAACCGGCUGAACAGCAAAUAAUCGACGUUUGCGUCUUACCUCUGUGCAGUUCCGCAACGAUGCUGUUUCGCGUACGUGACAACGACGGCGACAGUGGCGACAAAUGUCCCAAAUGGCUCCCAAUCGCGGUGCGCUCAGCCGGCGGCCGAUUUUCCAGCGAUAACGCAGACCACGAGGCAGCAGAAAAUAAAAUUAAGGAAGACUCAUCAACCAGCUCCAGCACAGCCGCAGCCCGGGACCACACGAUGUUACAAGUAACAGGUGGCUCAUCUUCUGUCGUGACAUUUUGGCGGUGUGAUUUUUGCGAAUCUUCGCCGCUGUUCGGCAUGCCACUGAUCGGUGUCGUUUCCGAGCCGCGCCGACGUGAUGUGGUGCUUGCGAGGUGUCUUGACGGGAAAAGGCGAAUCAUGCCAGAAGAGUUUCGACCAGUCGGGGCUGUUGAAGAGUUGACCACACAAGAUACGCGAUACACCGGCAACGUGAAGGACUUUCUCUUGGCGUACUGGCUCACAGUUUCGAGCGAGAGAAGGAAAAGCUUCGCAGAAUGGAUAGCGUGUCUGACAAGUCAGUGGACGAGGGAUGCCAGCCUGUACCGGGGAAUCGCGCACAUCGUCCAGCACCUGUUUGAGCCUCUGGGUUUGUUGUUCAGCUUCUGUCCGCAUCGACAAAGAGACGACUCCUUUUUCAACGCAGAGCUUGGUCCUCAUCGAGUGUUUGUCCGAAAAGCCGGCGAAAUCUACCGCGUUCCGGAAGCUAAGCGGGGAUUCCGGGUGAAGAUGGAGUCGGGUAGAUGUCCCGACGGAUUGGUGUUCUCGGGACCAACGGCGAACGCGCAUACGUUUGACUUCUUGAUCACUUUUUCAGGGAGCGAGCGGACGGACGACAGGAGCAAUGGUCUUUUCAUAGUCCCGAACGAAGUCCUGCUGCAGAAUAUUCAAAUCGAGCAAGAUUCCUUUUACCCUUGGUUGACUUUCUAUCCGCCGAAUAUUGAGACCCGGUUCGUCCAUGCAAGCGUAAGCCAAAAGUGGCAGGAACCUUUCUACAUCGACCUCUCUGACGUUGAAAAAGAUCCGCUGAAGGCUCGUGAGGCGAUUGAAAAAGCACGUAUUAUCCUUGCACAGUACGGAAAAGCAAAAGCGAAAGCACCUCCAUAACGAUCGCGGAAUUAAUACGGCUCAUGCCGAUGCAGAUGCUGGAGUUUAUUUCCUCAUCUUCUGGUUUGG